AGAAGAAAUUUUACCGGAAGAAUGAGAAGCGGGAGAUUGGAAGACGUAAACAAACUUUUUGUCGGCGUGAAGUUGAGCUUUUCAGUGAACAUUUGCCAAAAUGUUGAAGAAGGCGACCAAACUGAAAUAUAUAAUUAAAACGAAAACAAAGAGUAACAUAAAUGUGAGGCCGACGUCAGAGGCAAUGAUCGAACUCCUAACGCUGGUGUUUUUAAGCAGCCUGGCUGAGGAGGCGAAGGCUAAAGCUUUUGAAGAGAAAUCUGCAACGAUCCGAGCUCAACAUCUCAGAGCAGUCUCCAAGAAAAUGCUGAAAAAAUCAAGGGGGUGAAGACAGCGAAGUGCAACAUCGUCAUUUUUUUUUAACAUUAUCAUGAAUGACAGUAGCAACAUUAUUAUUUUUUUAAUAUAUAGAAUUUGUUUUCUUCCAAAACUUCCUUUUUGAGUUUUUUAUUCUAUCCCUUGUGUAUCUGUUUUCCUGUCAUAACGGUUUUAUGUCUUUUUUUUAUUAAAGUCUUGUGAAUCUUG